UGAAAAGGGUACCAAAAUAAAAAAAAAAACCAUAAUUUAAAACUAGAAAAAGAUUAUUGUGUAGAAAAAAAUUAAUGAGUGUCAAAGUCACUAUAAGAAUAAAGGAAUACGCUUAAAUGUACUGCUGACAGCUACCAAUAUGUUUAUUACAUGUUUGCGAAUAUCGUAGUAGUGCUUAAUUGUAUGCAAAUACCCGCACAUAAUUUGUGGUAAGACAAGUUGCAGCAAUGCGGUGAAACUCAGCCCUUAUAUCAUAUACCGGUCACCGAACAUUGCGGUCAUGGAAUCAUCGCGGAUAGCGAGAACAAAUUUAAGUUGUUCGGUUGGAAAGAGAAUUGACAGGUACGGACGUCAGGCCAGAAGUAGUAAUGGUAUGUGGUCGAUUUCAAAUGGUGACACAAACUGGAGUAGCAAAGCAAAAUCUCCAUGUGUGUUGAUCAACGAAUAUACAGCUCAUAGCUCUGUACACGGUGUGCGCUAUAUGACCAAUGCUAAUCCGUUGGAGAAAAUAUUUUGGUUGAUUAUGUUGGCGAUUUGCGGAAUGUCCGCUUGUUAUAUAGCUUCUAAAUUAUGGCUUCGAUAUCGAGCUGUUCCAACAAUAUUAGCGGUCAAAGAUACUCACGUACCACUUUAUCAGUUUCCAUUUCCUUCGAUUACUGUUUGUCCAGCAAUAAAAGUAAAGAAAACAGUAGGAUUUAAUUAUCUCUCUAAAUACGUUAACGUGGAAAAUGAUACAAUUCGAGCACAAGUGGAACAUAUAAUGAGUGCGUUAUCAAUGAUGCAACAACCUACUUAUUUUCGAAUGGAAUAUCAUAUUAAUUUAUCCAAAACUAUAUUUCGUUUUUUUAAAAAUGUGAAUGUGACUGAUUUUAUGUUAGCAACAUUACCAACAUGUGAUGAAAUUUUGGGCUUAUGUAAAUGGCAUGGACAACGAAUGAAUUGUUGUGAAGUGUUCUCUCUUCAAAGGACAGAGGAAGGAUUUUGUUAUUCAUUUAAUUCGUUGACUUCUGAAAGAGGAAAACAUUGUCCGUUGUCAGAAGUACUUGAAAAUGAAGGUAUAGUAGAAGAGGAUAAUAUUAUGUAUCCUGGAUGUCAACUUCGAAGAAACACUGCAGUCGGUACAGUUACUGGUUUAGAGGUGUUUCUUCGAGCAGUUAAUUCUUCGGAAUCUUUAGGAAUGGAACAACGUGAUGUCGAUGGAGCAAAGGUAUUAGUGCAUACUUCCUACCAGUUUCCGAGUGCUGGUGACGGUUUGUGGCUUGAUUCUGUACAAGGUCGGCGAUUAAGUAUAAUGGUCUUACCUGAUAUCACUGUUACAAGCAAAAAUGUCAAAGAAGUUGAUGUAAAUCAUCGGGACUGUGUAUUUCCAGAUGAAAGAGAAUUGUAUAUAUAUCAUGUAUACACUCAAAGUUCUUGUUAUAUACAAUGCCGUUUAGAAUAUGUUUUGUAUCAAUGUGGCUGUCAUUUAUACUUCUUCAUUACUCCAAAUGAUGGAUACCCUGUUUGCGGUAUUCCUGAUUUUGAAUGUGUACUACAUGCGACAAGACAUUUGAGAUUGUUAACUCCUCCUAUAGGAACAUUAGGUUUCGAACCUAAACUUCUUCACCAUUCUCUAAAUUGUACACAUUGUCGGCCCACUUGUUAUGAAACGACAUACCAACUAGAAAUAAAUUAUUCUUUGGAUCAAAAUCCACUAGUAUGGAAAUAUUUUGGUUAUCUAGAUGUUGCGUACAUUAAUUUAGGAGCUACUAAGUAUCAAAGAGAUAUUACAUUUGUUUGGACAGAUCUUUUGGUAGCUUUGGGUGGUGUUGCUAACUUAUUUUUAGGAUUUAGUAUACUUAGUGUUGUUGAGUUUGUUUAUUGGGCGUUGAAAAUAUUCGUCAAUACAGUCAUUGGAUUUUCAAAUAAUGUAAAGUGUAGUUGGUUGGUUAUAGUGUUAUUAAGUUUUUUUUGUGCUAGUUUUUUAGUAAAUACAAUGUGGCUGAAGUUCAGUGCUUCUCCGACAGUAACCGCGGUAAAAGAUACACAUUUAGCGUUAUAUCUAAUUCCAUUUCCAGCUGUAAGUGUUUGUCCUAUAGACAAAAUAAAACGAUCAUUGGCUUACGAAUACAUUGCUGAAAGAAUUAACGAUACGUACAAUGAAGCUGAACUUGAUAAUUUUUUAAACGCUUUAACAUUUUUUCAGCAUCCAGUUUAUAGCAGAAUGAUUCCUUAUCUAAACGGAUCAAAAAACUUAAUAUAUAAGUUGGCUAGCAUCAAUAUAACAGAAUUUAUGUUGAAGGUAUUGCCGACUUGUGAUGAGGUGUUCAACGCAUGUUAUUGGAUUGGCCAUUUUUAUAAAUGUUGUGAAUUAUUUAGUUUACAAAGAACAGAAGAAGGUUUUUGUUAUUCAUUUAACUCUCUUAACUCAAUCGAUGCAAUUCAUUGCCCGGAAACAAAUCCUAUAGAUAUAGAACAAAAUUUAUUUACAAAUAGAAGUAAUUGGGACUGUAUUCUAAAACGAAAUACAGCGGCUGGGUCAACAACGGGAUUACAAUUAUUUUUUAAAAAGUUAAAUGAAUCUGAACGAUUAAUAAAUGCUUCUUAUAUAAUAGGUCCAUCGUCAGUGAGGGUUCAAAUAUUUUAUGUAACCGAAUAUCCAGAAUCUGGUAUGGGUAGUGUUGUUCUCGCAGAAACAAAAAAUAAACUUAGUAUCACAUUAAAACCUUACGUUACCAUUAGUACGGAUGCUAUAAGAAAACUACCAAUUGAGGAUAGAUUUUGUUAUUUUCCUGAUGAACAACAGCUAAGUAUAUCAAAAUCAUAUACCCAAAAGUCGUGCUUGAUAGAAUGUCGCUUGAAUUAUAUAAAUGAAAAGUGUCACUGUCGUCCAUACUACUACAACAUGCUUGGUAAGAAUAAUUUUUGUGAACAAAAUAAUCGUAUUCCAAUAUGUAACUCGACACAGCUUUUAUGUAUAGCUCUACACAAUAGUGAAUUACGUUUCUAUAGUCCACCAAUAGGAAAUAUUCGAGGGUUUAUGCAAGGAGAGGUACUCUCUCCGCUUAAUUGUUCACAAUGUCUACCUACAUGCCAUGAAAGCGUUUAUGAUGUGGAUGUAGAUUCUUCAUACGAUUCUCAACAGUUAUCGAGAGAGAGCUACGGGUCCGUAGACAUAUUUUACAAAAACGAAGGCGCAGUAAAAUAUCAACGGGACGUAACGUUUGGAUGGAUUGAUCUACUAGUGUCAUUUGGAGGUAUUGCUGGUCUUUUUUUGGGAUUCAGUCUAUUGACUAUAAUUGAAUUUCUUUACUGGGGCGUCAAACUACUCAUUUAUCACUGUGCAACUCAUUGUUUUAUACAGAAAAAAGUUUCUCCAAAAUGAUAUAAUUAUAACAAAUAGUUAAUAGUGUUAUUUUUCAAUUAAGCAUAGUUAUUAUUAAAAACUAAAUUUAAAGAAUUAAAGUAGUAAAUAUUAUAAAAAAUUCAUACUUAGACCAGCAAUACAUAAAUACUUAAUUCAAAAAUAAAAAAAAAUUAUAGUAGAAUUAGUUAAA